CAGUAUUGCCUGCACACUCCUAUUUAACAUUGUUCUACACAUCCUUUUCUUCUCACACCCUCUCUUCUCUGCAAAUUAAACUGAGCAAUGGAUCCAUCAGAAGAUUCUAAGCAGCAACAGGGGGAAGUGAUCGAUGGCGCGGGUCAGAUGACGUACGGUGUGCCUCAGUACCAGGCUGGAGGAGGAGUUGCAACAGGCACACCUGUGGUACCUGUGUCUGCACCGAAUGGCUUGACUCCUCAGCAGCAAUAUUUUCAGCAACAGCAGCUGCGCCAAAAGGCUGAGCUCCAGCGAUUCUGGUUUAAUCAAAUGCAGGAGGUUGUGCAGACAAUAGACUUCAAGAAUCAUUGCCUCCCGCUUGCUCGUAUAAAAAAGAUCAUGAAAGCUGAUGAAGAUGUGAGGAUGAUUUCAUCAGAGGCCCCUGUCCUGUUCUCAAAGGCCUGUGAGAUGUUCAUCAUGGAACUGACUAAGCGCUCUUGGAUGCACACUGAGGAGAACAAAAGGAGGACCCUCCAGAAGAGUGAUAUUGCUUCUGCAAUAGCAAAGACUGAUAUCUACGAUUUCCUGGUUGACAUCAUUCCAAGAGAUGAGGUGAAGGAAGAAGGUCCUAGUGUCGCCAGGGCUGCAAUUCCGCUGCUUGCCCCACCUCCUGAGCCUCUUCCGUAUUACAUGGUUCCCCAGCAGCAGGAGCAUGCUGUGGGACAAGAAGUGUUUUAUCCUGAUGAGCACCCCCGCCCGCCCUCACCGCCAUCCCCAUCCGCACCAUACCUGCCCUGGGAGUCUCCCCAACCUGAAAAUGAGGAGGAAAAUGACGACUGAGAAUGACGCUGAGUUUCCGUUCUGGUCUGUCCCCGUAGCGUGUCGAGAGUUUCUGUUCUAGUCUGUCUCAGUAGCAAGUCGUGAAAUUUCCUGCUUUCAAUAAGUUGUCUAAGUAGCAUAAGUAUUGCAACUCUAAGUUCCGUGCAGGGCAUGUUAGAACUGUAUGAUGAGUUGCACCUUUCUCCUUUGUAGUUGUCCUUUCUGUACUUCUCUAUCAGUAAAAUAAAAGUUGAAGAUGUCGUUUAUGUA